GGGGGAAAACCGAGCGGCGGUACAUGACGAGAACUGUUGUCAGAGUAUUCAGUAAUGCUUUGCAUGGCCAACCAGUCACUAGUGGGCUCGUCGGUGAGAGUCGUGUCGUUCACUCGAAGUGAUCGUGUGGUGUUACUCGACGAGCUAGACAGGCGGUAUUCUAAAACGUGAAGCACAAGCGGACGGCGACGAAUGUAUCCGCAAUCGUGAGAGUGCAUUUCGUGAGACUGUGAGAGAGAAAACGAACAGAGCGUAUUCACGGAGCGUACACCGACGGUGGAGCUUCGAUUUCACGUACUAUUUCUUCACUGAAAACAAAAAACCAUUGCGCUACACUGUGUAUGGUACACGAGCGAUCCAAGAUGCUGUCGUCAGUGCUAGCGAAAUAAUAAUGUGGUGCGACGUUAGUCAGAGUUGUGCAAUGAUGGGUCUGCAGGCCACGGCAGGAAAACGUAAACUGGAGGGAGGUGUGGGCUGCAUGGAGUUCGACAUGGAUAUGGGCGAGAGCCCAUCGAAGUUAGGCCGGGUGGAGGGUAGCUGGUGGGCGAUGGAGGAUAGUUACACGCCCCCGCUGAGUCAAACGCCGGCUUCUUAUUACGAUAUGGAAGUGAGUUCGCCCUGCCUGCAGACAAAUCCCUGUCAGCCGACAUCGGCAAGUCAGCAGCAACAGCAACAACAUCAGGCGGCACAGCAACAGCAGCAGCAACAGCCGCAGUCGUCGACGCCAACGUCAGCGCCACCGCCGUCUACGGUGGCGCAUCUGCACCAUCAUCCGCAGCACUACUAUCAUCAUCAGCGCGGACCUAGCAGCCCGGUCGGUAACAACGGUUACAGUCAACUGUCGAGGCCUCAGCCGCAGUGGGGCGCACCUCAUCAUUACGAGCCGCCAACGAUACGGCGAGAAGAAAAUGGAAAGAGUUAUUUGGAGCUUGGUUCUAGUUAUCGAGCGAACGAGAGGUGCUGCGAAGGUUCGAGGUCAAGCUGGUGUCGACGUGGUAGAGCGUGUUACAGACAAAGGCGACUAGCCGUUUUAAAUAUUUCGAUGUGCAAGCUGGCGAGGUAUCGCCAAUUUCCGGAUCCGAGCCUUCAUCGAUCGGUUCUCAUCUGCAAUACACUGAGGCAUCUAGAACGCGAGAUGGAGAGGGACAGAAGUCCGCCGCCCAUGGAGCCGGUUAUACCGGCACCGAUUGCUCAACUUCAACCUCCUGAGCAGGGCAGGUUAACACCGUUCCCGAUGCCACCAACGUCUUCGAACGAGACAGACGUCGAUUCCGGCAUCGGUGAUAGCGACGACAGCCGUUCCAUCAAUUGGGGCAGCGUGCUGUCUCUCUCGAGUCAGUCGCCGCUGGAUCCAUUGAACAACAACGAGUUACUGGAUGUCGAUAUCGGCCCAGACCUAGAUUUAGACUUUAUGCCUGGAUGGAAGCUGACGCCCCUGUCCGCGGACGAUAUCCUUAGAAGUACGACGGCACAGGAACAGCAGCAUCAUCAGCAUCAACAGCAUCAUCAUCAUCAACAGCAGCAGCAGCAGCAGCAGCAGCAACAUCUGGCUCCAACUAGCGGCAGCUGCGCUAGUAGCAACGUCGGAAACGCCUGCGUCAGCACCGGCAGUAGCAGUAGUACGCACGAAUCGUUAAUGUGCGUUGGAUCAUAGCCCCCGAUUUUGACAUCGAUGAGUCAUCUCAUCGAUUUUUACCCGCUGAUGCCGCAGAGUAAAUAAAAACAAAAAGAGAAAAAAAAAACAAGCGCGGCAACAAACUCGCAAUGAACCACAAAUCGCAGAAACGAGGUACUCGCCCGCCUCUCCGAUAUGUGCGACGCCUGGUCGGCGAUUCUCCAGGAGGUCUUCUUUUUCUUAUUUAUUACCGUUCGUGUCAAUUACGCACCGAUCGAUUAUCUCGGUUACAUUCUACUUGUAGCAUACCGAUAACCAGCAUGGGUGGUCUACUGAUUGUAGGGAAGAGAGAAAGAGAGAGAGAUAGAGAUAAAUAAAGAGAGAAAGGGUACGCGUCGCGUUACCCUGUGUUCGCAGGUGCAGCCGCCACGGAAUUCAUGGCCCAUCGGGAGUGCUUCAAAUGCGAAGCAACCAGAGGUGAUUACAAUUUAUAAGCCGACGAGUAAACUUGAUCUCGCGUUGUUCCAAUUAUCCACUACGAUUCGACGUUUUAUACCUUAUCACUUUGCUCGGGAUGAUUUUCAUUCGAGAUCGUUCGAAUUAAUCGAGACUGUUUUAUGAAACUGUUUCCUUCAAAAGUUUUACACUUUAUAUAUAUAUAUAUAUAUAUAUAUUCGCGCGUUUGAACGUACGAAUUAUAUUAGAAAAAUUCGAGUUUUCAUACGAUGGAACAACGCGAGGUCGGGUGCUCUCCUUCGGUCAUCAACAACCACCUCGAAAACGAGCAUUGCUAUACUAUAUCGAAACGAUGUGUUUUUGCAGCUGCACCUGCGAAUUCAGCGGCGCAUAUCAGUUCCCGAGUCGCUCGAAAUGUCGUCACCGGCGGCACGUCAGACACGAAAGAGCGAGAAUAGCGUGAGAGAGUAAAACAGAAAAAAAAAAGAAAGAAAGAAAGAGAAUAGUGAGAGAGCGAGAGAAAGCGAGUGAGAGAGCGACAGGGAAAAAGAGAGGUAGAGAGAAAGGGUUGGAAAAGUCUCAGAGCUUUCAAUGUUCACGCCACCGGGCCGGGCGAUAGGACAAGUACAGAGGAUCGGUGGUAACCUUCUCUUCGGCUCCUUAAAACAACGACGAUAAAGCGGCACGAAACCCCGACAGAGACCUACGUAUGCACACAGAAUAUAAUCUAAUUGUUACAUUCGAUAGAAAAGUGUCCUUCUCUUCUUUCUACCGUAUUAACUCUCGCUAUUUUUGUUUCUCUUGUUUUUGGUAACAUCGGCACAGCGUGAUAUGCGUAUAUCGCUCGCCUAGCCGGCUGACGUUGAGAACUCUUCGGCGACGUCCGGCGUCGUUCGCGACAGCCGAUCGAAACGGGGAGUGUCCAUCAUCAUCGAUCGAUGUUUUCUCUUUGGAUUAGAAAGACUAUCCAGCCGACGAUUAAAUUAAUGUCAUACACUCUGACACACUAACGAUACACUUACACGCGUAAGACAUAACCGCCGUGGCCUAUAUCGUACACUAAUACACGUACACGCACCACAUGUACACGCCGUAUACGCUCUUAUACACGUACAUAGAUACUAUAUGUGUACAUCAGGAGAGAGAGAGAGAGAGAGAGCGAGCGAGCGAACGAGCGAGAGAGAGAGAGAGAGAGAGAGAUACAGGUUCGUACACGGAAAAGUCGAUAUGGUGCUAGGACGAUCACACCCUGGUGCUUAAUUCUGUACACACAGAGACACAUGUGCGUAAGUUCGCACGGAUCGCCUGCAGUCUUCGUUAAGAAGUCUAGAUACGUCCUGACGUCGUGAACAGGACACACCGUGAUCCAACGUAUUUCCAUCAGGAUUCUUCGUACGAGCUAUAUGGCUUGUCGGUUCUGGUACCUUGCAGAGGACGUGCGAGCAUUGGAUGAAAAUACGUUGGAUGGAGACGCGUAACUGUGUUCUGGCGCACGAUGCUAACAAAUGUACCUGCAUUUUAGAAAUCGGGAUAAAUGUUCGGUCCCUUCGUGUCGUCGCGCGGAGGCCACUGCGCGCCACUGAUCUCUCGUUAAUAAUUAUGUACUAUAAUACUAUUGUAAAAUAGAGUGUGGCCGACGAGCAGUGAACGAAGGCGACCAUUGAUUCAUUUGGAACGAUGUGGAACGGUGGGAUUAUUAAGCGAGGAGAAGAAAAAAGAUAGAAAGAAAACGAAAGAAAAGAGUAAAAUAAAGUAAAGUAAAACUCGACGAUACGCACUUCGCGAAGAGGAACGGCGAUCCGCGCGCGAUCUCGUCCUCAACGUCCACUAACUGAAAUCCAACGGAGCAGCUAUACUUAAAUCGAAGAUAAGCGUCGUGUAAAGCAAAUCUAUGAACAAGCGACAAAGCGAAUAUAAGAAAAAGUAAUUUAUAAAUCGACUGAUUUACCUUGCGAGAUAGCGGACAAAGAAAGGAAGAAGACGGAAGACGAUUCAAGUAACGAAGAAAGGGAAGCUCUAGCCGGCAACGUUUCGCCACACGAAUUCAUUUAUACCGUAAUUAAUCGAGUGUUAAGCCGACGAUGAUGUAUGACACUUACACAUACCGUUACAGCAAACUCGUACGUACACGCGCGACACCUUCACCACACAAAUUGACACGUUUAUACACGAGAUACGCUACGUACUUGAAUGUAUAUAGAGAUACAACACUACGUGCUAAGUGUAAUAAUGAUUAGCACGAACCGUCAACCCUCGGCAGUUUUCAGUUUUUCGUUCCUGUUCCGACGAUCGUUUCUUUCUUUCGUUUUCCAUCAUUCUCCAUCGUCGUAUUACCAAUUUCGAAUGUUUUUCUGGCUCCCGCGCGUUUCAUCGACGCCUUUUUGUACUCGAUUCGACGCCGUUAUCCCGCGUUGCUUUCCGCUACGCCAAUCGCCUCGCCUCUAUCCGAUUCGUUCAUUCGUUCCUCGCUUAUUUCCUACGAAGAAAACAACGAGCAAUAUUACUUGAACGGCGCGAAGGAUCUAGGAGAAGAACGUGUACGCGUGCAUCGAUCUCGAGCUGUUCGCAAGCUUCCUUCAAAACGGCCAAUGAGAACAUCGUUCUUCCCGAUCGUCAUACACGCCGGUGUUUGAUCAAACGUUUUGUACAUUCACAACUGUUUAUACUGUGAUCGCGUUGUAAAUAUUAUCGGAAAACGAAUAUCGUACGUAAUAGAAGAAAAAAAAAAAAGAAAAAUUGUACACGAAUGAAAGGAAAGUCGUUGGAACCAAAAAGUUGAAUAAAGACUGCGACGUUUAAUUUACUACGAAGGGCGAUAGUAGAAAGUAACAUUUCGCGAUCAAACGUCGUCGGUCAGUAGAUGUAAAGAAGGAAGAAGAGGAGAUGUGUUCUCAUUAGCUCGUUGCGUCUCUUAGGAUUACGAAUCGCUCGAGUUCUACCAUCCUAUCUACGACCGCGCGUAAGAUGUUAAAACGCGAGAAACACAUAUGUACAUGAUACGUGGACACACAGGCAUACACAACACAGAUGCACACACAGAUAAAGCGCACGUUGCGCGAGAUUGCGCUCGAUGCGUAUGUGCGGCGGAGCGUUUUCAGGGAGAUGGUCGGUGUUGUUUUCUUGCAUGAUGUACCAAUGGGAACUGGCGUGAACGUACACGCGACGUACGUACACGAGAUACAUCAACGUAUGCUACAUCGUUGAAAAAUUCGUCCAUCGCGUUGAUGCAUCUUUCCAAAUACAAAUGCGCCUUUCCGUGUUUUGCGAUCGCAAGCGCUACCUCAUCGGCUUGGUGUUCCGUGACGAGGAGGACGCCUUACAAUUUCACUUUCGAUACACGCUGUACUCGCCGAUAAAACAAAAUUCCAGCCAAUCUACCGGAUAGAUGUGAGAAACGGGCGUUGACUGACGUAUCGAAUUUCGUUAAUACGAAGAAGAAAACCGCGCACUGGUUACGCGUACGCGAACAAAAUACUCAUGCCUCUCGAUCGUAACAUUUUGUAUCCCGUUCGGUCGAGUUGAUCGUUUAACGGAAUGCCAAGCACCGCGUUACGCGACACUAGACUCGCUUCUCGAGAGUUAAAGAAGUAAAAAAGAAAAAAAAAAAAAGAAAAAGAAAAAAGGAACUCGGGAGGCGACAAAAUAAUUUCGUAUUUUUUACACGGAGACGCAGCAUCGCUGCGUUCGAACGCGACAUUAAGUUACACGCGAUUACACACACAGUACAUGUACACGUAACGAAGACUCGGUACCGAAGGAGUGACUGUGAGUUCGGCGUUCGAGAAUGGCGAGCGUGUUGAAGAGCGAAAGAGGACGUGAGUUUUUCUUUUCCUUUCCGUUUCUCUUCUCUCUCUUUUCUUUUUCUUUUUUUUUUCGUUUUUUUUUCUCGUUUCAAUUCGUGGAUCACGUGACGCAGCUUAGGGAAAAAAGAAAAAGCGUGACCGUGCGAGAGAACGACGAUACGAGUUCUAAAUACACGUACGUUUCGACGAGUGCGCCGGUGUGCGUGUUAAUGUUAAAACGUUUUAA